CUCGUGCCUUUUCCGCACCACCAUACGUCCUACCUACCCCAUGUAAUACGCGAGUAAAUCCGUUAUGAAGACCACAGGAGAGAUGCGGCCGCUGCUACAAGAGAGCAGCUUGGCCAACAGAUGGCCCCAUACCCGGAGGAGGCAGCCUCUUCAACCACGCGUCGAAGCCUACCCUAGACGGCCGCCUUAUGAAGCUGUUUGCGGUGAUAAUCGUAUAUGUCGCACUUGCACUCCAUGUGCGCGCUAUCAGCGACCGUCUCACCGACCUUAUGACCUGGGAUGAGUAUAGCCUGCUUGUCAAUGGCUCGAGAGUCUACAUCUUCUCGGGCGAGAUUCAUUGCGAACGAGUACCUGUACCAGCAUUGUGGCGAGAUGUCCUAGAAAAGUACAAAGCCAACGGUCUCAAUGCCGUUAGCAUUUACUACUUCUGGUCUUACCACUCGGCUCGUCAGGGUCAAUUCGACUUCACCGGCCCUGGCAAGAGCGUUCAGGAGCUACUAGACAUAGCUAAAGACGUUGGACUGUACGUCAUUGCAAGACCCGGACCAUAUGACAGCGCCGAAACCAACGGAGAAGGUUUGGCGCUGUGGGGUUCCGACGGCAGCCUUGGUGGCGUCAGGACAUCAGAUGAGAAAUACCAUCAAGCGUGGCUGCCUUAUAUCACUGAGAUCAGCACUGUUCUGGCUGCGAACCAAAUCACGCAUGGCGGUGAUGUCAUAUUGCAACAGAUUGAGAACGAGCUGCAAGAGACUACGCACGACCCAAAUAACACGCUCGUGGUCUAUAUGGAGCAGAUUGAGAAUGCCACACGCAGUGCUGGUGAACGCAGUGGGAGCUGGUCUACCGACUACGAAAACGUCGGUGGCGCGGUGAACGUCUACGGGCUGGACUCCCACCCCGGCGGUCUGAGCUGCACGAAUAUCAACAGCGGCUUCCAAGUCGUGCGCAACUAUUACCAGUGGUUCCAGAACUACUCAUACACGCAGCCGGAGUUCUUGCCCGAGUUUGAAGCCGGAAACUUACUUGGCUGGGGCACGUAUUUCUACGAUCAGUGCCUAGCUGAACAUGAUCCGGCGUUUGAUGCAGACGGCAAAUACAUCCCACAGAUCGGCCCGCAAACAAGGUUCCCUUUUCCGCCAGGCGUCAUCAACAACAACGGGGCCAACACCAUCAGCAUUGCACUGUGGGCGCAGACGGAUGCAGGGGCACGUCUCAGCAACUGCAUGUUGUUUACAUACGGGCAGUAUCAGACGGGCUUCGACUUCAAUCAAGACUGGAGUGCACUGCAGCCGAUGUGGACGGCGGAUAGGCUGCACUAUGUGUGGUGCGGCGUUGCUGCGUGCCCGAUGCAUCUUAGCGCGGCCUGGUGUAAGCGACUGCAAAUGCGUAUCAAUAUGAGGUUUUCAUCGUCAGCCUACAGUGUCCCAACUCGAGCCUCAAAGCGUCGGUCUUUGGCACCUCGCAUGAUUUCGCCUUGUUCAACGCCUAGCUCUCUCCGGGAUCUUCUGACACCCGACUGGCUGUCUCAGUGCGCUCGUCCAAGCGUCCGGACUUCAGCGAGCAACAAGCCAUACCACGCUCCGAUACCGCCAGACUGUCAAGCCAUUUAG